AUUAUGCCGCGCUCCUUCCUCGUCAAGAAGCAUUUCUCCUCCAGCAAGAAGCCCAACUACAGCGAGCUGGAGAGCCAGACAGUGAUCGUGUCCCCCUUCCCGUGUGAGCAGUCGCGCCUUUCGGUCAUCCCGGCGCCCGAGGUCCUGAGCCCAGCCGCCUGCUACCCUCCGCUGGUCUGGGACACGGGCCUGCUGUCCAGCUUCUUCAGCCCUCAGCCCGAUUACCAGGCCCAAGGCCCCCCCGCCGGCCCGGCCUCCGGCCAGGACCCCAAGCCGCUGGACCUCACCUCCCUGUCCAGCAGCGAGGAGGAUGAAGAGGGGAGCGGCAAGAGCUCGGCGCCCCCCAGCCCCGCGUCCCCGGCCGCCGAGGCCGAGAAGUUCUCCUGUCACCAGUGUCCCAAGGCCUACGCCACCUUCGCGGGCCUCUCCAAGCACCGGCAGCUGCUCCACUGCGACGCGCAGCCCCGCAAGUCCUUCAGCUGCAAGUACUGCGAGAAGGAGUACGUGAGCCUCGGGGCCCUCAAGAUGCACAUCCGCAGCCACACGUUGCCCUGUGUCUGCAAGAUGUGCGGCAAGGCCUUCUCUCGGCCCUGGCUCCUUCAGGGCCACAUCCGCACGCACACAGGGGAGAAGCCAUUCUCCUGUACACACUGCAACCGAGCCUUUGCAGACCGCUCCAACCUCCGGGCCCACCUGCAGACGCACUCGGACGUCAAGAAGUAUCAGUGUAAAUCCUGCUCCCGGACUUUCUCCCGAAUGUCCCUGCUCCACAAGCACGAGGAGACGGGCUGCUCGGGUUCUCGCUGAGAAAACUUUCUGGGGUUCAGAGGCGUGUGGGCGGCGGGGCGCACGUCUCCCCUCCAGGAACUCUGCCCCUAGGCCCCCGCCGGACCCAACAUGUAUCUUUUCUUGUCUUAUUUUAAAGAAAAUAGUCUCAUUAGGAAAUAGGCCCCUCUGGGCCGCUGCGGGCGGUCCCGAUCCCGGCUCGGAUCCCACGUAUUCGGCUGCUUCGGGACUCUGAAUGCCUCAAUCCUCUUCCCUCCCUUCUCCCUUCCUCCUGCAAGAUCCCCCGUUCUGCCUCUUCCGACCGACUGUCGCUCACAGUCUGAACCGUGACCCGUGCAGCUGGCCUCUGAAAGAUCGGUUACCGUCUCAUAUGUGGGGAUCUGGUUUGUUUUGUUUUUUAAACCAAUAGCCAUCGGGGAACAGUUCCCUUUCAGGAUACUCUUGGGUUCGUGGAUUUUUAAUUCCACCUCGGACAAAAAAACCCCAAAAAACCGAAAACCCUAGGGUUAAGUUAAACCUCUGUCUUGCCUGUUUCGAUUGUACAUACGCAAACGAAAACCACCCGGUCGGAAGGUAACUAUGCAAUAAUAAUACAGUAUCCCUGAAGUUAUGAGGCAGCUAGUGCCUCAGUGAUCAUUUGCAAUGCCUACAAGAUUAACAAUUGCCAUAAAAGGCCCGAAGCCAUUUCAAACAAGAAUUCUGUUUAUAGGACAGCUAUGCACUCAAGCACCUGUUAAUAUGACUCUUAACAACUGCUUUUCAGGAGAACUGUGACUAAUGACAAGCGCUUGUCAGAUGAUACAAUGGGAAGCUGUAGAAGGGUCCCGUCUGCUGACAGGUGUGUUCCCCGAGUGCUAUUUAGGGUUAUUGACAGGUGCCUGCUCAAUGCAUCUUUGUUGGUUUGUUUUCCAUAUAAUCGUAACAAAGGAUAUGUUUACAUUUCAAAGGUAC